AUGGCGGAGCCGGGGAGAGCCGGCGGGAGCCCCGAGCCCCCCGUGCAGGUGUCUAUCAUUGUGCCUGUUCACAACAGUGAAUGCUGGUUAGAUGAAUGCCUGAAGUCAGUUUGGGAACAAGAUUUUAAAGGAACCAUGGAGCUGUCGAUUUUUAAUGAUGCCAGUAAGGAUUGUUCAGCUGAAAUAAUUGAAAAAUGGAAGAUCAAGUUGGAAGAAGUUGGUAUUUCAGUAAUCAUUGGAACCAACAAUUCCUCUCAGCCUCGAGGUGUUGGAUUUGCUAAAAAUCAAGCAGUAAUUCAGAGCUCAGGAACCUAUCUCUGCUUUCUGGAUUCAGAUGAUGUGAUGAUGCCACAGCGGGUUAGGCUGCAGCACGAAGUUGCCAUUCAACACCCAAACAGUAUUAUUGGUUGCCAAGUGAGAAGAGAGCCACUGGACUCCACUGAACGAUACACUCGCUGGAUCAAUAACCUCAGCCAGGAACAGCUCCUUACACAGGUAUCUCUGCUGCAGCUGGGCUGA